GGGCCAAUCGGGAGCGGCGCGGGGAGAUGACGCGGCCACGGCGGCCUGUGAGGUGGCGGGGGAGACGCCGCGACGGGGAGGCCGGAGGGCGGCCGAGGCUGGCGGCGGGGGGCGUCGUCGCGCUGGCGCCGGGAGACUCGCCCGCCAUGCCCGUGCGGAGCGCCUGCUGCUGCCCGCCGCCCCCGCCGCUGCCGCCGCCCUUGCCCGGCGCCGCCACCGCCGCCCGCCUGGAGCCGCCGCCGCCCAUCAACACGGCCCAGCCGGGCGUCAGCACCAGCCGCCUCUACAGCGGCGCCAAGUUCCGCGGGCAGCAGCGCUCCAAGGGCAACGCCUACGAGGUCGAGGUCGUCGUCCAGCAUGUGGACAAGGAGAAUUCCUAUCUCUGCGGCUACUUGAAGAUUAAAGGCCUUACGGAGGAAUAUCCGACCCUCACAACUUUCUUUGAAGGGGAAAUAAUCAGUAAAAAGCACCCGUUCUUAACACGGAAGUGGGACGCGGACGAAGACGUUGACCGUAAGCAUUGGGGAAAGUUUCCUGCCUUUUACCAGUACGCAAAAACAUUUAACUCAGACGACUUUGAUUACGAGGCUCUAAAGAAUGACGACUUCGUCUUCAUGAGGUGGAAGGAACAGUUCUUGGUGCCUGAUCACACCAUUAAAGACAUCAGCGGGGCUUCUUUUGCCGGGUUUUAUUACAUCUGCUUCCAGAAAUCUGUGGCAUCUAUAGAGGGCUAUUAUUAUCACAGGAGCUCAGAAUGGUACCAAUCCCUAAAUCUGACCCACGUCCCCGAGUACAGCGCACCCAUUUACGAAUUCCGGUGACCGUGAUUACGACAAUAGCGAGAGGUGGGCAGAGGGGGUCCGGGAAAGAGAACGUCUCCGUGAAGACGACGGCUGCGUCCCUGUCGGAACUGGAGGCUCUAGGCUCUCGCCUUUGCCGGGAAACCAGAAUGCUGUAGGAAUGCAGGUGUUGGAGCCCAGCGCUUCUUCCAGCUGCGUGGGGAUAUAUGAAAACUUUAACCUCCUUUUAAAGCUCCCUUUUUUCAAUUAUCUUUUUCUGACUGCCCAGCGCAUCCCGUCUAUCACUGAGUACACUCCCCUCCUGCGUCUUUCUUUGGGUGGGAGGAGUUGGCUAGCCCUCACUGGAUUUCACUUUGAAUAGAGGAAAACGCCUCCCUGUCCAUUCAGAUUUUUUUCCAGCAGUCCCUUGCACGGGAUGGCUUUAAGAGUCGCCACCCGGAGAGUGUGCUGGCUUUCCGACUAGAAGCUGGCCCGACUUUCGGUUCUGAGCUUUAGCCGCUGCAAGGAAGCCAUUGGUCGAAGGAGCAGAGCCCGACAAACCGUCUGUUAACCGUGAGCCGGCAAGAUGGGGCCUCCCCGGGGAUGGGAGCCAAUUGCGGGGGCCCAAGCAGUUGUCUUCACCGCGUCAAAAGGGAAUUGCUUCAGCCGUUCUGUCAAAAUGCAAACGGAAUUCUGCUCGUGCAAAGACUGAGAGAUUAAAAGGAGGGACUUUAAAGACAAGUCAGAGAACACUUUUUUUUAAAUGGCCUGUUUUACCAGUAAUCCCCCAAGGAUGCUACACCAAGGGUUCGUCGUGACACUUUACUGGGUUUGCAGGGAGUGGGGGUGGGCGGGAGGCUGUGAAUGUCAGUGUGUGGAGGGGUGAUCUCUGUGUAACAACCCAGGAGCAUUUUGACUCCCGCCUGCCCCCGAGGCAAGCAUUUAACAGUGGCGUGCAAGUCGAACCAGCUGGCCCACGGCUCCGAUUCUUCAUGCUGCAUUUAAAUAUAUAUAUAUAUAUAUAUAUAUGUGGUAUUUGCUACAUUCUUCUCAGACAAAGAACCUUCCCAUAAAAAUCAAAUAAAAACUGCUCUGCUAGGACUUGGAUGUUCACUCACACAAGGCUGACGUGCCAAAUUUUGCACGCACGGGGAGCGUAAGAAAAAGUUGUCGUUUUUUUCUAAUUGGUUUGUUUGGACUUGGGGCUGACUUCUAUUUGAUUUUGUCUGUUAUUGUGGGGGUGGGGUGUGUGGAAAUGGACCGCGGUUCCCCUGAUUGGUCAAGCGGAGAAACCACAUGCAAUCCAUGGGCCUCUCUUUGCAAAAAUCUCCUCUCUUUGCAAAACUAGUUCUUUUCCCUUAACACAAAUUCAAAGGCAAAGCUUAAAUUGAGACCUGCUGGCUGAGAAGAACCGGCCGUCAAAGGUUGCGCUGUGGUUUGGCUACCACGCGUGUGGAGCCUGGCACUGGACGGUUCUUAUUCUACGUGGUUCAGAAGCGAGAUUCUGUCGUCCAGGAUGAAUGUUUGGGAGGUGCUACUGGGUAUGAGUGCAGUUUCUGACGAGCUAGUUCACAGAUGUUGUGGUCCAAAGAGAUACCUGAAAGCAGGUGGAGAAAGUCUGUUAACGUGUCCGAAAUCCAAAAGAUGGCCAAUUGGGGCGGGGGAGCACAGACUUUAUAACUUUGUGUCGCUCCUUUCUAUAGUGAAUUAUACAAAAUGAGGAAAGUGCGUAACUUGGACAGGUUUUAGCUGUCUAGCUUCACUGCAGGUGGAAUGAGAGAAUCCGUACAAGAUUGCCCCCCUCCGGUAGCUGAACCUUUGCAGGAUUUAAAAAAAAAUUAAUUACAACUUUCAAGCAAACUUUCAAUUAUUUGCUUUUUAAAGCAAAGUCUGUUACAAAUUUCUGCUUCCUUAUUCAAGCUUGCUGUGAGGGGUGGGCAAUAUAUUGUUCUCUGUGGGGCCGAAUUGCUAAUUCCUCAAUUAAUGGAAAUGUGAGGGUCUUGAAGGCAUCUUUAUUUUAAAUCAAGCGUUUGGAAUAAAACGCAAGGGACAGUCUCCAACACAGACCUGGCAAGAGAGCUUGAAUGCCACAGCGGAAGAAAGCCUGCAUUUCACUGCCCUGUGCCUGUCACCUUUUGUUUUGAAGAGGCAAGGAUGCAGGCUUCAGAACGCGCAGGGCAAGCAGCUCAGGUCUCAGGAGCGAAUCCUCAGCGGAUCCAUUGUGAAAUCUGCAAUCUUCCGAAAAGAUGGUCUGGAAUCCUUUGGGAUGUGGUCGUUAACUACGAUGCCUUCUCAAAACCAGAAAAGAGAGCGGGUAUGGCCUCUACAGAUCCCCUUUGGAGAAUUGAGUGUUCACGUUAACGUUAGAUCCAUUUCCCUGCCUUGCUGGGCGUCAUCUGCUAGCGGGCCACCCAGAAAAGCAAACAUGCAAAUGCACUAGGAGAUGUGUUUGCUGCCUUUCCAGGUUGGACCAGUAAGAAGCCAGGAGUCACGUACCUUUUGCAGAAGGCCUGAAAUACAUUAAUAAGCUAAGAGGCCAUGAUUUGCUGCCACAGGAGCAGAGCGUGACAGGCAGCCUUAUGCUUGCUUAUGAGUUGAGUCUAGUUUUUGCUUGGCAUACCUUGAGUGGAGUUCUUUCCUUGGUAUGACGCCCAUUGAAUGAAAAGCUAUUAUUGUGGGAGGGAGAAAAUACUAAUUCAGUGAUGCUUUUGGUCAUUUAAAUCUGCUCCAGAGCUGUGUGUGAGGGUCUUCUGUUUACCUGACCCCCACUCCCCAGUGGGAUUUUAUGUUUGCCUUCUAUCUCCUAUUUAUAGUGGACAAAGCACCCCAUCUUUAAAAAGAAAAAUAUGGGCUAAGAGUGUUACGAAUACAACUGUUAGUUCCAAAUAGGGGGGUGGGUUGUGUUUCCACAACCUCAGGUCCCUCCCCAGCUCUCUGCAAGUUCUGUUUAUUUACACAGCAGAUUGAAAAAGAAAAGAGAGAGAACUAAAAUGGGCGACAGAUUCCUUAAGACUUUUGGAAAGCAAUUUAAAGAUGUCUGCCCGGAAAGGAAACUUAAGAACCCCGUAGGUCUACCUGUAGGGCCCUGGAUCCUGGCCAGGGCCCAGAAAUGAGAGGCUAAUUCCUGUUGAACUGCAUUCUCCUUUCAAGCCAAGCAUGUUUCGUUCCCCAGAUCUUUCCAAUGCCGUGGGGGAAGCCCUCUGGCUGCGUCCCGCCCUUCCAAACAGUUUAGGGAAAGAAUUGUUGCUGACUUCCCGGGAUUUGUCUUUUGCAGUUCAGCCGGUUCUUCACGCUAUUUUAAAGAAAAUGUUGGCCUUUUGCAAGCAAAAUUAGUCAAGCCCCAGACCAUUUUCUGUUGCUGUGAUAUUUGCAGAGUUCUUAGGGUCAGACCCCAAUUCAGUGAUUCCACCCAAAGCCUCCUGGUUCUUUAAAAAUAAAUGUGUACAGCAGAGCAUUUUAAAAAAGGAAAUACGUUCCUUGGGUUUUUCAGAACAAGAGCCUUUUUCUUUAUGCCCUGCUUUUUGGUUCUCUUCCCCCCUCCCCCAUCCCUUCAAUUCACCCCUUUUUAUACAUUUUGCUAGAUGUCAAAAGGAAAGGACUAAAAAGUGAUUGCUUUAGUCUCGAGGUGGAUAUCACAAGCCGGGUCGCGUUACAGCCAGUGUUGCCUAUGACGUGGGGAAUAUUUGGACUCGGAAUGGGGUUGGGUUGGGGGGGGGUUUGAGGAGUUUUUAUAAAGCUAACUUGUAAAUCAGAGUAUCAAAGAAUAUUUAUAGACAAUGUGCUGAGAAGGUUCUGCGGGGUUUGCAGAGUUAUCGGUGUCCAAAUAAAAGAGAAAAAAAUGUCUUAA